GAUACAUGCAUAAUGUAAAAUUACACAAAUUAUGUGUGAUUAAGAUCAGAUCGUUCCAUUAGAUUCUGAUCCGGACCAAUAGGUGUUGGCUCUGUUGCGAGAAAAAAAAAUCCGGAUUUAUGAAAUUGAUUUGUUCAGUCCUCACUGAAGGGAAAGGUGUGUGCUGUAGCCUAUUAAUUUGUUCCGGUUUUUUUUUUAGGUUUGGGGUUGUUACUUUUUUUCUUUUUGGGUUCUGUUUACAGGUAGUUUAUAUGUUCAGUAUUGUUCAGUGCCUUCUUCCUUUACAGAUGAAUAUUGAUUAUAACUUGACUCCAUUCAAGUGAAGUACUGAAACAUAAUUUGUAUUGCUGAAGAGGAACAGCAUCUCUGUGGUGUUGCAAAGAGUUAGUGAGGUAUCCUCCAUUGUUAUGUUCUAGAGAGCGAGUAGAGUUCUUAAUUAUUGUUUGUGGUGUCUCCAAGACUGAUUCGUUCACAGUAAACAGCUCACAAUGGCUUCUUCGAGAGCAGUAUCGUCCAUUAAACGGAUCAUCGUUACAAAGCUGGGCACAAAUUUCCGUGACGUCACCAAGUUUGAGACAAUCCCCGUGCCAACUCUCAAGUCCAAAGAAGUUCUGAUAAAGAACAGAUUCAUCGGAAUCAACGCCUCAGAUAUCAAUUUCAGUGCUGGACGUUACUUUGGAGUGAGCGAACCACCCUUUCCUAUCGGCUUUGAGGGUAUAGGCGAGGUGGUUGCAGUAGGCCCAGACGCCAGCCUCACCCCAGGCCAGAAUGUGACCUAUUUAAACUUUGCAUCGUUUGCUGACUACACAGUGGUUCCAGAGGAGACAGCCAUCCCUGUGCCUACCUGUGACCCGGCCUAUAUGACUGCCAUGGUCAGCGGUCUCACCGCCUCAAUAGCUCUGGAGAAGGAUGCAGACCUCACAGCUGGAAAGACUGUUCUGGUAACCGCUGCUGCUGGUGGCACUGGGCAGUUCGCUGUUCAACUUGCAAAAAUGGCGGGUACCCACGUGAUUGGGACAUGUUCCAGUGAGGAUAAGGUGGAGUUUCUCAAGACUCUUGGGUGUGACCGGCCAAUCAACUACAAGACUGAGGACCUGGACAAAGUACUGGCGGAGGAAUAUCCUUCUGGUGUAGAUGUUGUAUACGAGUCCGUUGGCAAAGAAAUUUUCCACACAUCUCUGAAACAUUUGGCAAACUUUGGGCGCCUUAUCGUGAUAGGUCAAGUGUCGACCUACCAGGGGGACGAGGCCAAGACCUUGGGAGACUUCAAAGACGGGCCAUCUGCAGCCAUUGCAAUGUCGCUCUUGGUGAAAUGUGCCAGUGUGCGGGGAUUUUUCCUGGCCCUGCACAUCCCUGAAAUUGGCGCCCAUUUCUCCCGCCUGGUCCAUCUCUACAACAGCGGCAAGAUCAGGAUGACUGUGGACAAGGGGGACAAGAGUGAGGCUGGACCUUUCAUCGGGCUUGAGAAGAUUCCAGAUGCUAUUGAUUAUCUUUACACAGGAAAAAGUGUUGGCAAAAUUGUCGUCGAGUUACCGGAGUGAUGACAGGAAGCUGAUCACCGUCACUUGCCACACCCACAACUCCUGUGACGUCACCAGUUAUUGCCGAGGACGUUCUUACAGCGCCAGUUCUGGCAUUAUAUUAUUAUUAAAUGUGAAUCUAUGUCUUCACGAUGAAAUUAGGUGCUCAUCAAUAUUGAAAUUAAAGAAAUCGAUAUUUUCCUGCUCGUU